GAAGAAAAGUGCGCAGUCGUAAAUAAUGUACUCAAGAAUUCAGAAUAAUGGAUGGCGGAGCCUCCAUAGUCGCCUGUCGGUGCCCGUCCGCCGGCAGUCCAGCACCAGCAUCCUCAAAAAGAAGGACUCUAUCACCAAAGCCAACAUUUCUGCAGGCAAAAGUAUGCAUGGCUUUCUCUGUACUGACAUGGAACACAUAAAAGAAUACAACAUGACUGCAUACUUCCUCUCACACAAUGUAACCAAAACCCAGUACUUACAUCUUGAAAGAGACGAUUCUAACAAUGUAUUUUCUGUUGGUUUUCGUACCACUCCUAAGGAUUCCAUGGGUACUCCACAUAUAUUAGAACAUACAGUCUUAUGUGGUUCUGAAAAAUAUCCAGUUAGAGAUCCAUUCUUUAAAAUGCUCAAUCGGUCACUUGCUUCGUUUAUGAAUGCAUUAACUGGUCCUGAUUAUACGUUUUACCCAUUUUGUUCGCAAAACGAGAUUGAUUACAGAAACCUGCAAAAAGUUUACUUAGAUGCUGUCUUUAAACCAAAUCUGGCACGUCUAGAUUUCCUCCAAGAGGGCUGGAGACUGGAACACAAAAAUUUAGAGGACCAAAAUUCAGAAUUAGUUUUCAAAGGCGUAGUUUACAAUGAAAUGAAAGGAGCUUUUUCAGAAACUAGCCAAUUGUUUGGACAAAAAUUUAUGAACACAAUACUACCAAAUGGAACUUAUGGAUAUGUUUCUGGAGGAGAUCCACUAUGCAUUCCAAACUUAACUCAUGAGCAUUUACAAAAAUUCCAUGCUACAUAUUAUCAUCCUAGCAAUGCUAGAAUAUAUUCCUAUGGAAACUUCCCAUUAGAGGCAAAUUUAAAAUACUUGAACGAAGCCUACUUGAGUAAAUACUCUUAUCUUGAUCCAGUACACAGUGAAGUUACACCCCAAGAAAGGUGGACAGCACCUAAAAGGUCAGAAAUAUCAUGCAGAAUUGACCAAUAUGGUGGACCACUGGAAAAACAGAACCAAAUUGCAAUAGGCUAUGUUAUGUCAGACAAUACAAAUGUGUACGAGACAUUCCUACUUACAGCUUUGGCUGAACUUAUGAUUAUCGGACCAAAUUCAGCAUUUUAUAAAAGCCUGAUUGAGAAAAAUAUUUCAGGAGGGUACAAUAAUCUCACUGGAUAUGACAAUCAAAUAAGAGAUACAGUGUUUGUUGUAGGUCUUAGAGAUGUUGACAAGUCCAAUUUUGAUCAGAUUGAAAGUAUUGUUAACACAACAAUCCAAGAUAUAUUCAAGAACGGUUUUGAAAAGGACCACAUUGAAAGUGUACUGCAUGGUUUUGAACUAUCCAUCAAGCAUCAAUCCCCAAAAUUCGGAUUAAAUAUGCUCUUCAAUCUAAUGCCUUUGUGGAACCAUGAUGGUCACAUAUUGACAGCUCUAAAAGUAAAUGACUUGCUGCAAAAACUAAAACAAGACUUGAUGAAACCUGAAUAUUUAAAGAAUAUCAUUGAAGAUUACUUUAUCAAUAACAAUCAUAAGCUCACUAUGUUAAUGCAGCCACAUGCGCAAUUUGAUGAGGCUUUCAAUAAUGCUGAAGCCAAAUCAUUGGCUACAAAAAUCAAAAACUUAACUAAAGAAGAUAAAGAACAGAUAUAUAUUGAUGGCAAAGAGCUAGCUAAAGCUCAGAAAAAGAAAGAGAACUUAGAUGUGUUGCCUUGUUUAAAAAUUGAUGAUAUUGUCCUUAACAAGACUGCACCAUCUUUGAAACACUCGGUUGCAGGGACUGUUCCUCUCCAAAUAUGUGAGGCAAACACCAAUGGCGUGAGUUAUCUUAAAGGAAUAGUAGGUACAGAGUCCCUAAAUGAAAAACAACGGCAGCUACUUCCGUUCUUCAAGUAUAUUCUUGACAAAUUUGACACUAAGUUGUACAACUACAGAGAAUUAGAUAAACUCAUUAGUAAGUGCACUGCAGGAUUCAGUUUCUUAUUGCAUAUAACUGAGCACAUUGACCAGCAAGGACAGUAUGAACAAGGAUUGUUGAUUAGCAAUCAUUGUUUGGAUGAAAACCUUGUGAAGAUGUUGGAUAUUUGGGCUGAAAUCUUCGAUAAACCCAACUUCGAUAACAGUGAAAGAAUGCAAAUGUUGCUAAACAACUACUGUUCCUCUCUAACUAGUGGUGUUAUAGACAGUGGACACACUUAUGCCAUGCAAACAGCAAGGUCUUUAGUAUCGUCUCUGGAUGAAUGCAAAGAAAAUUUGAUGGGAUUGAAAAAUGUAAUGAACAUGCAAAACAUAUUGAAAAAUUACCAGGUUGAAGACAUCCAAGAUAUUGUCGAUGGAAUUGGACGAAAGGUCCUGAAGGGCCACAACCUUAGAGCUGCUUUCCACCACAGCCCUACUAACAAAGAGAUUUAUGGUCUUGUUGACAAAUUUUGUGCAGAACUUUGCAAAAUCGAUGAUAGCAAAGAUGUUAAUCGCAUCAACUGGAUCGACAGCAAGGUGAUACUGGAAGAAAAAAGAGGACUGCAUGUUUCAAUGAACAUUCCCAUAAACUUCUGCGCUAAAGUGAUCCCUACAGUCACUUACACAAAUCCUGAUUAUGCUAAAUUAAGGGUUCUCACUCGAUUUUUAACUUCUAAGUACUUGCAUCCUAUUGUCAGGGAGAAAAAUGGCGCAUACGGCGGAGGUGCCAUGCUAACAAUGGACGGAGUUUUCAACUUCUAUUCGUACAGAGAUCCUAAUUCCAGAGUUACGUUAGACGUAUUUGAUGAGACGAACCUGUGGAUGAAAGAAAAUGUAAAUCUAGUCGAUGACCAGAACUUAUUUGAGGCUAAACUUUCGAUUCUGCAGCAAAUGGACCAACCUGUUGCAGAAUACAUGAAAGGAAUUGAUCUUUUCCUUUAUGGACUUUCGUACGAUGUUUGGAAGACGCAGAGAGAACGAGUUUUAGCUGUUACUAAAGAGGAUUUGAUCGAAGUUUGCGAAAAAUAUUUGGCAUCUGACGUUUUGGCUGGCAAAUGCGUUAUAGGUGAUAGCGCUUUGCAGAAAUUGGUAAAACAAGAUGAAAAGUGGGAAGUAAUUAACGGCCCUCAACAAGACACCGUUCAAACUAGUUAAACAUUUCACUUAAGUACAUAAGAGAUCACUUGUUAAUGACAGUUAAAAGAGACAACAAACUAAAGGAUUUGGUUUGCACUGAACACUGGACUAUAGCGGAAGCCGGACAUAUCUACGCUUGAACGCCUGAACGUCUAUCUAUCCAUGCACAACUACGACGCGCCGCUAUGGAUCUGGUCACAGAUCGGACCUUUUGUUUGUAGCGCAUUUUUUCUGACCGCAUAGAUUCAGGGUUUCUUAUAAGAAAUUUUCGGUUAGAUACGGAAGGCACUUCGUCUUUAAAACAUGUGUACUUUAUGUCAUAUAGGUACAGAUUCGAGACACAAAAAUGAAUGGGCGAAGAGUCUGACAGAGAAUUUCUUUGCAAAACUUGCGACAAACAAAAGCUUAAGCCAGUCUAACUAGUGUACGCCAAAUGCAACAUGUUAUGUUGGUGAUGUCAAGUCUUCAAAAUUUUAUGGAGUUUUUGUUAAUUACGGUGCAAAAAAAUUGUAAACAAUAUUUUAGAAACUGUUGGAGAAUAUAGUCUAAAAUUAAAAGGUCUAUCUAUAAAAGACGUAAUAAAGUAAGUAUGAAAGGUUUCGUCUUGACGAUAUUUGUUAGAGGAAGAUGGUCGCCUUUGAUAGUUAGUCAAAUAUUUUAGAAUUGCAUUAAUUAUUUAUGCUGUGUUAUAAAA